AUGGAGUGGACUUCAGGUUCGCUUACUGCUUCUUUAGCAGGUGUUCUUUUACUGCUGCUCGUCUGGUUAAAGGCCAGGAAUGGCUCUACCAAACUGCGACCACCAGGGCCACCAGGGUGGCCAUUGGUUGGCAACAUGUUCGACCUUGGAGACCUGCCGCACCAGACAUUGUACAAGUACCGGAAAAAGUAUGGACCCGUGGUUUGGCUGCAGCUUGGGGCGGUGAACACAAUGGUUGUACAGUCGCCCUCAGCUGCUGCCGAACUUUUCAAGAAGCACGAUGUUCCUUUCGCUGACCGCAAAGUACCUGAUGCACUAACAGCCUUCAACUUCAAUGAAGGAUCAUUGGGUAUGAAUACUUUUGGCGGCCACUGGCGUGUACUGAGACGACUGUGUUCCAUGGAGUUCCUAGUCAACAAACGAAUGAACGAGACAACUGACCUCCGACGGAGGUGCACUGACAACAUGAUCCGAUGGAUUGAGGAAGAUGCAGCAGCUUCACAAGCACAGGGAGGAUCAGGCGCUGUGCAGCUGAGCCGCUUCCUCUUCCUCAUGGCUUUUAACCUGGUUGGCAACCUCAUGCUGUCACGAGAUCUCUUGGACGCAUCAUCCAAGGAUGGGAGCGAGUUCUUUGACUGCAUGAACAAGAUCUUGGAGUUGGCUGGGACGCCUAACGUGGCAGACUUCCUGCCCUUCUUGAAAUGGGUGGACCCACUGGGGAUCAAGAGGACUAUGGUAAGUAACAUGACGAGAACCAUGAGGAUCGCAUCCAGCUUUGUGAAUGAGAGGCUUCAAGACAAGAAGAAGGGUAAAGAGGGGGUGAAGAAAGACUUCCUGGAUGUGCUGCUAGAGUAUGAAGGUGAUGGAAAAGACGGACCUGAUAGGAUUACAGAGAAGAAUGUGAACAUUGUCAUAAUGGAAAUGUUCUUUGCUGGCUCAGAAACUACAAGCAUCAGCAUUGAAUGGGGUUUUGCAGAGCUACUACGCCACCCUGACAAACUGAAAAGGGCUAGGGAAGAGAUUGACAGAGUUGUUGGACUAAAUAGGAAAGUAGAAGAGAGCGACAUGGAUAACCUGCCAUAUAUGCAAGCUGUGGUGAAGGAAGCACUCCGAUUACACCCCGCACUUCCUCUACUCCUCCCACGGAACACCAUGGAAGAUACUGAAUACAUGGGGUAUCUCAUUCCCAAAAGUACACAAGUUUUUGUGAAUGCUUGGGCAAUUGGAAGGGAUCCAGAUUCUUGGGACGAUCCUUUAUCCUUCAAGCCUGAGAGAUUUCUAGACUCAAGCAUUGAAUAUAAGGGGCAGCAUUUUGAGCUGAUUCCAUUUGGAUCUGGGAGACGUAUUUGUGUAGGCUUUCCUUUGGCUCAUCGAGUGGUUCACCUUGCUCUGGCCACCCUAGUACAGACUUUUGACUGGGAGUUCAGUGGCGGUGUCACUCCAGAGACUAUGGACAUGCAAGAGAGGCUAGGACUAACACUGCGGAAGCUUGUACCCGUGAAAGUAAUUCCCAAAAGGCGAAUCAUGAAAGGAUGA